AUGGGCUACAUUGCACCAGAGAUAUAUUCUAGAAACUUCGGAACGGUGUCGUAUAAGUCUGAUGUUUACAGCUUCGGAAUGCUGAUGCUAGAAUUGGUAGGCGGAAAGAAGAUUGCUGAUCCGGAGAUUGAAAACCAAGGUGAGGCUUACUUCCCGGAGUGGGUUUACGAGCAGUUAGUCAGCAGGCAAGAAUUAGAAUUGGAUAUAGAAAUGACCGCGAGUGAAGAAGAGAUAGCGAAGAAGCUCGCGAUUGUUGCAUUAUGGUGCGUACAAUGGAAUCCGGUGAAUCGCCCGACCAUGUCGAGGACGGUGCAGAUGCUGAUGGGGAGUUUGCAGGACUUGGAAAUGCCCCCAAAACCAUUUGUCCCUUCAUUAGGAUAUGAUACUACCGAAGUUCCUAAUGAAGUGUAG